AUUGGAUAAACUGCACAGGCGCUAGAAUGACGUUCUUAAAAAUGAAAAUGGUAGCAUCAACAACGGCGCCAACGAUGUGAAAUGUCAUAUAUAAAUAAUAAAUAACAAAAUAUUGAGUCCAGAAGCAGAAAUAAUCAAGAUUUAAUCAAUUAGCUAAGUAAACCAGUGUUCAAUGUAUUUACGUCAGACGAUAAAUAAAUAUCAACAAGGUAGCUUGAGAAAUCGUCGGUUUACUAACUUGAAAAAAUUUCAUAUUUAGAAAAUUAUCCUGGACCACUGUGAUGAAUAUUUAAAAACAACUUAAUCAAAAUUGUGAGAACAAAAUGACUACAAUUAAAUAUGAUUUAGAUACCUCUGGAGGGCUAAUGGAUCAAAUUCAAGCCUUAAUAGCACCUCCACAAAGUGAAAAUGGUGAUGGCAAGAAUAAAAAACCUGAACAUCCUUACUAUAAAAGACCUGGUAAAGGACACAAUUAUGAUAGUUGUGAUGCUUGUGGUGAAGGAGGAGAUCUCAUUUGUUGUGAUAAGUGCCCAUAUAGCUUUCAUUUUGGAUGUCAUGAUCCACCUCUUGAAGAAAAAGAUAUACCUAUGGGAGAAUGGCUUUGCCAAUCGUGCAGAUAUGCCAAAAAACAGGAAAGUGCAAAUGCCAGUGCUCCUCAACUUAGAAGUAAGAGAUCUAACAGCUCUCCACCUGACUCUUCUAUCAUUAAAAUACCCAAAAAACAAAAGUUGUCCCCUAUGGAUGUACUGAUUGAAGCUGCAAACUCUAUGAAUCCCAAACAAUUUGAAUUGCCAAGGUGUAUGAGUGUACCUUGUAUAUUUCCUGGAAUAGAUAAGGAUAUACCAUAUUCUCAAUUGGGCAGAAGAAUUCCCAAAAUAUCCAAAGCUCACGAAAAGGGACCAGGUGGAAUAGUACCUUUGCCGGCGAAAAAAUGUAGUGAAUGCAGAAGGUCCUGCAGAGUAGCACCAUUGAUUGCCUGCGAUUUUUGCGAAUCUUUUUAUCAUUUAGAUUGCUUGGAUCCACCCUUAACUAAUCCUCCUUCUGGUAUGUGGAUGUGUCCUCUACAUGUUGAACAUUGUUUAGACUCUACUUUACUCACAUCAGUAUCAGCGACGGAACGAGUCAAACUGUGGGAUAAAUUUACUGGUCCAGUAGAUCAAGAUUCGGUAAAAUUACAAUUUUUUCGGAAAAUACAUAGAAAAAACCCCCCGUUUCGUAUUAAAACCAAACUACCACCUAAAAAUUCAGUGAUGGUACCAGAUAUGGUUAAAUAUCAUUAUAAAAAACCUGUUAGUUUACUUCCAAGGCUCCGAGAUGUUUUAAGGUUAGAAUAUGUUGAAAAUAGACGACACAAUAUAGAAGAAAACAUAGUAAAAGUAGAGGAUGUAGAAGUUUGUGAGGACAGUGUUAAAACUGAAACAGAACAUGACGAAUUUCUAGAAGUAAAUAAUUGUGAUAUUAAAAAUAAAAAUUACGAGGACAGUUCUAGUGCUAAUAUUCAAGAUUGGACAGUUGUGAAUGGUUACCUAAAAAAUGAAAAUUUGAAUGGAGGAUUUUUUGAAAAGGAACUUAUUAAAAAGGAGCACAAUUUCAUUAAUGAUAUGAUAUCUGGACUGACAACUGAAAUUGAACUAGAACUUAAACAACUUGAUGACAGACUGAUUCGAUUACUAGCCUAUCAACGUAUUCAGCAAUUAUUGAAUUCCCCAUCAUCAACAAAUAAUCUAUUUUCACCAAGUGUUAGAGAAAAAUUUCGCCAUAUGCCAUUACCGAGUGAAUUAUUAACUCCUGCUGAUAUCGAUAGGAUAUCUAGGGUAUUUUCAAGUCCUAAAAAGAAAACGAAAUCCAAACCUGCAAUUAGAGCAAGAGCAAUGAUGUGUCCUGUUGUUUCCAAACAUUUUUACAACGUUCGCACUACAGAGAAUUAUAUAUUGCAGGUGGAUCCGACAGAUGUACGGCAUGAUGCCAGUUUCAUGGGAUUUAGACCCACAGUUUCGUUGCGUUUUCCUGAGGCUGUAGCCAUGCGUUAUAGGGUACUGAACGUGGGAAAAGGCUCCGCUAACGAAGUCAAUUUGGAGAAGUUUGGGUAUUGUAACAACAUUGUUCCAAAACACGCAGUCAUAUUUUAUGAUGAGUAUACAAAACAUUUUGAAUUAAUAAAUUAUGCACCACAUGGAACCUACGUGAAUAACAUAUUAUAUUCCAAUAAUAUUUGUACAAAACGUCCAGAUUUACAUGCUUCAAACGAAGAAAAAAGUGCCAAUAUAGAGAUGCAAGUUAGAGAUAUAAUUGACAAAAAGAGGAAAGUUAGUAGACCAAGAAAAUCUUCGUUUGAAUCUAAGAUGUCUGCCGUCGAUUGUAUAGAAAGGUUAGAAUGUUGUUGUGCAAACAGUCCAGAUGAUUUAAAAAAAGGUUGGGAAGGAUCUGCAAUAUUGAACCACGGUUCGUUGCUUCGUUUUGGAUGCGUCUCCUUCGUCUUUUCAAUUGUUGAAAGUACAAAUUAAUGAAGUUAUUUAUUGUAAAUAAAUGUUAUUUUUUGUAACUAAUUGUAUAAUAUUAAACAUCAGCCAUUGAUAUUAAGAAUAAAGUAUUUUUAUUAC